ACCACUUCUUUCUUAACAAUCUUAAUUACUCCUUCAUUUUUGUUAUUGCCAUUUACAUCGUUAAUCAAUCCUUCUUAUCACUUAAUUAUGGCAGAAACCCGUAGCUGUGAAUUUGGAAUUUCCGGAAUGAAGAGAGCGGCAGCGGCUGAUAGCUUUGAAGUGGAUGAUGAGAUAUUCGUGGCCAAGAAAUCUAUGUUGCCAACACUGGCAGUGGCACCAGCAGCAUGGGAAAAUGACCCUGCUGCCUCCUUAGCCGGCCUGCGCCAUGAAUUCGGUGAGCAUGGUGGCAUUAACAUGUCCAUUGAAGCUUCCGCCACCUUCACCGUCAUGGAACCUGAGACAAUGCGCCGCAUGUUCACUGGUGAACUGGGCCCCGAUCGUGAUUUCUUCAUUUAUAGUCGUCACUUCAACCCCACCGUCUUAAAUCUCGGUCGUCAGGUGGCAGCCCUAGAAGGAACCGAAGCUGCCUAUUGCACUGCUAGUGGCAUGGCUGCUAUAUCAUCAGUGAUGUUGCAACUCUGCAGCAGCGGCGGACAUGUGGUGGCGUCGGCGACCCUCUACGGAGGAACCCAUGCACUUUUAACCCAUUUCUUGCCCAGAACUUGUAACAUCACGACCACGUUUGUGGACAUAACCGAUCACGAAGCGGUGAAAAACGCCAUCGUCGAAGGAAGGACCAAAGUGUUGUUCUUCGAGUCAAUUUCCAACCCAACACUCACCGUAGCCAACAUUCCGGAGCUAAGCAAGCUAGCACAUGACAAAGGAACCAUGGUGGUUGUAGACAACACUUUCUCUCCCAUGGUUCUUUCCCCUGCCCGGCUUGGUGCCGAUGUUGUCGUUCAUAGUAUCUCCAAGUUCAUAAGCGGUGGGGCUGAUGUUAUCGCAGGUGCUGUUUGUGGUCCUGCAAGUCUGUUGAACUCCAUGAUGGACUUGCACCAAGGUGCUUUGAUGCUUCUAGGCCCGACCAUGAACGCCAAGGUUGCCUUUGAACUCUCUGAAAGGAUACCUCACUUAGGCCUGAGAAUGAAGGAGCAUUGCCGCAGAGCCUUGGAAUAUGCUACUAGAAUGAAGAAACUGGGUAUCAGGGUCGUCUACCCAGGCCUUGAGGACCACCCUCAACACCACCUAUUGAAGUCCAUGGCCAACAAAGGCUACGGAUUCGGCGGUCUUCUUUGUGUCGACAUGGAAUCGGAAGAGAAAGCUAACAGGCUGAUGCACCACUUGCAGAACAGCUCUCAAUUUGGGUUAAUAGCGGUUAGCUUGGGUUAUUACGAGACUCUCAUGUCUUGCUCCGGUAGCAGUACCAGCAGUGAAUUGAACUCAGAAGAGAAGGCCCUCGCCGGUAUCUCGCCGGGGCUGGUGAGGAUGUCGAUUGGAUAUACUGGGACAUUGGAGCAGAAGUGGAGCCAAUUCGAAAGGGCAAUCUCUAGGAUGGAGGUGGAUUCCACCUUAUUCAACAAAAAUUAAAGUUGUAUUCGCCUUGUUCAAAAGGUUUCAUUUGUGUUACUUCAGUUGUUAAAUGAUGGAUCCCUUAGUUUUGGGUAAUAAAAGGUUUUAUUUGUGUUA